GGUUCCGCUGGACCAAAGUUUGCAAACUUUUCGUAAAAUAUUACACUAGUAUUGUGAAUUUGUGGAAUUGUGGUGGAAUUUUUGGGAUGUGUGUUUUGAUGAGAUGGUAAAGGCAGUCCAGGGAGUGAUGAUGCGACGAGCGCUGAGUAACUGCUGACUGUCCUGAUGCCACCAUGACUGGGAGACGCGGACCCUUCCGGAGUUUCGCCAUCAGUCUCAUACAGAUCAUCACUAUUAUAUGUCAAGUGCUAACAGAAGAGCCGCGAUUCUCGGAGCCGAUUCCAAACGUGACGGUGGCAUUGGGCCGCGACGCCAGCCUGCCAUGCGUCGUAGAACACCUUGGCACCUACAAGGUUGCAUGGAUACACAUAGACAGACAGAUGAUCCUGACAAUCCACCGGCACGUCAUCACGCGGCUGGCCCGCUUUAGCGUGUCACACGACAACGCCAUGACUUGGCUGCUACACGUCAGCCAAGUGCAGCAGGAAGACCGCGGCUAUUACAUGUGCCAAGUCAACACUAAUCCGAUGAUCAGCCAAGUCGGAUAUCUUCAAGUUGUAGUACCACCGAACAUUCUAGACGAAGACAGUACGCAGUCAGCUGUGGCGGUGCGGGAAAACCAGAACAUAAGUCUCGUGUGCAAGGCCGAUGGCUUCCCCACGCCCAAGAUCAUGUGGCGGAGGGAAGAUGGCCAGCCUAUAUCCGUAGAUAGAAGAAAGAAAGUAACAGUAUACGAAGGCGAUACGCUGAGUCUGCAACGCAUUAGUCGCACAGAGAUGGGCGCGUAUCUAUGCAUCGCGACUAACGCGGUGCCGCCCUCGGUGUCCAAAAGAAUCAUAGUGGAUGUUGAAUUUUCACCCAUGAUCUGGGUGCCGAACCAGUUGGUUGGUGCACCUGCUGGAACGGACGUCACCGUGGACUGUCACACGGAGGCUCACCCUCGGGCCAUAUCCUACUGGGUGUACGACAACGUCAUGGUGCUGCCAACUAAGAAGUACGCCAUUAACACCGAGGAGAACUCUUACAGGGCACACAUGAAAUUGACUGUCCGAAAUCUUCAGGGCGGCGAUUUCGGAAACUACCGAUGUAUCUCUAAAAACUCCCUCGGGGAGACCGAAGGCUCCAUUAGGCUGUAUGAAAUCCCCAUGCCUUCCACGUCACCCAAAGCAACAGAAAUGAAAAGCAAUGCCAAUAAAGAAACGACGCGUCGCGUGAACGCGAGUCGCGCGACGCAGCGCGACGCGGUGACGGAGCGGCCGAGCGUGGUGCGCGCGCAACUUGACCGCGCACCCGACCGCGCGCACGUGUACCGCGCGCCGCACCCGCACCACGCCUCAGGCACAAGAAGUCUACAAUGCUGGCGGCAAUCAUUUCUAGCUAUCGUAAUUUUAGUUCAAAUAGAUAUUUUGACAGACUUUGUUAUCUGUUUUUAA